CCGGGUUGCGCGCGCUCAGUGUGCCCGAGUGUCCCGUGUUGCGACAGCGCACUCCCGUGUGUGCCUGCUAUCUCCGCACUAGUCCGCAUCAAGAAGCUAACUCCUCCAACAUGCAGCUGGUUCUGGCGACUUGCAUCAUGCUGUUCGCAGCCACCCUCGCACCUGCAGCUGCACAAAGGAUAACUACGAUUCAAUUAGACGGCGUGCAAUACUUCAUCUCGCGGAUGAACCCUUACAGUCCAGAGCUUAACUACUUUCUGGCUUACCAAUACUGCAGAUCACUGGGCCUCCAACUCGCUUCAUUUGAAACGAAAGAGAAAGCUGAUUCGAUAACGACAUAUUUAACAAACGCAGGGUACAAUAAAUACGAUUUCUGGACAUCGGGCAACAACCUCGGCACGGACAUGUACCUAUGGAUGAGCACGGGACUGCCGUUCAACGCGACCUUCAACUACAUGAGGAGGAUGGCAAUAGAUGUCCCAGCACCACAUUCAGAUGACAGUAUCGACCCCCUUGAUGUCCCCCAGGGCAGCACGGCCCCUCAGCGUACAGCUAGGCAUGGUCUGUAUUCCAGAACGGAGCACGUCAUGACUAACGGGUGCGUCGCCCUCAAGGCGCCGACCUUCCACUGGGAGCCGCAGCACUGCGGCGAAAUCAAAGACUUCAUCUGCGAGCAGACGAGAUGCUACUACUACAACUACGGCUCCAUCCCAGUGUCCUCGGCGCAGGGGAAGCCGCUUUCCUUGACGACCACGACAACCGCGCACCCGCUCACAUCCUCAUCGCCGCCCCCGCCCCGCUCCGAGCACCUGCCCACACACUUCACCCUCAACGACCUCAUCGGGAAACUGCGACCAUCCUCUUUGGACGGCCUACAGUCACCACACCUGAAGACCGGCGCGUUGCUCAAAUCUCCCCCUCAAAUAGACUCUCAUUAUUCGCGAGCGGCGGACGCCCAUUCGCACGAUCAGGAGCAGAAAGAGGAGCCAACACAAGGACCGUACGCGGACGAUGAGGGAAUGGUGGGUGAUGAUCCCGCGGCGUACUUGAGCCAGGAUGCGGCGCACGAGGCGGCGAGCGCUGACGAGGCGCCGUCCACAGCCGAGCCGGACGCCACCGAGCACUCCGUCCACGCCAGCGGCAUGCUGGCACCCCCCGCCUACUAGCGUGUGGCUCGGCCCGUGGUCGCCAUUGCGCCGCACACAUUAGCGAUUACGUUUCAUGACAAUUAGGCAUUGAGACUACCAAAAGUAUUAUUUUCUUAAUUUAGAAAUGAGAUUAAGGUGCUCGCUUUAGGGACUUUUUGUUGGGGUGUAUCUUGCGUCUUGGUUCAUCGUUGUCCUUAUGUAAAUGAGAAUUUCAAUCGUUAAAUCUGUCGAGGGGUUUAACGAGUGAUUAAGGUGAUUUCGAUGAUUUAUAUAUGAGGCAAUAAGCAAUAUGAAGACGCUGGCGACUCGCACGAUCCGACUUGCCUCCGUCUUCACACGUUGAAUAUCACAAAAUGAAUAUUCCACGAAUAUAGUACCUUAACUUCGCUAGGAGAAUGUAGACGUGUUAGAUCUCUGGUGUUUUCAUUACAACCGUAAAGUGUAUUAAUUUAAUUUAAGAAAAUUAUGCGGAUAUUUUUCUGGACAUAUCAUUGGAAAUAGUGCAUUAAGAUAGUGUUUAUAUACGUGACUUAGUUAAGUAUAUUAAGUUGGAACUCAAGAAUUUAAAGAAUAGUGAUGUAGCGAAGUUAAUAAAGUUUAAACUUUAUAAA